GAGUACCUGGCCCUUGGUGACGUGCGUGUGAGCCUUAGGGAUGGGGAUGAGGUUGCUGUUAUUCCGCCGUUAAGUGGAGGAUAAAUCAAACAUCAUUUAGAGUCCUCAUCCCUCAUUCCUAACCCAGAUGGCUGAGGCGGAAGGGGAUCCCAGGGAUCUCGUUAAACUGACACAUGACAAACUCUCUGUGGACACAGUGUCAGACUCUGUCACCUGCCCUUCCUGUGGAGCCAUCUCCAUCUUCAUAGGGACGACGAGGGACAGUUUCGAAGGGAUGAAAGUGAAGCAGCUGGAGUAUGAAGCCUACAUCCCCAUGGCCGAAUCAGAACUCAGGAAGAUAUACACAGACAUCAGGGCAAGAUGGCCGACUGUCAGGCACAUCUGUGUUCAUCAUCGACUGGGGGUGGUGCCUGUGACUGAGGCCAGUGUGAUCAUCGGCAUCUCGUCUCCUCACCGGGGGGACUCUCUGGAGGCAGUGCAGUACUGUAUAGAUACCCUGAAAGCCACCGUGCCCAUAUGGAAGAAGGAGGUGUAUGAAGCUGACGAGUCCUGUUGGAAAGAGAACAAAGAGUGCCAGUGGACAUGCCAGAGUUGACCUCUAACCUCAUCUAGGAGCUUUUUUUAUGCCAAAUAUUAGGUAAUACACACUGUAUCCGUUUUUUAAAGCUGUCCCUAAUCCAAAAAUAUAGUCAGUCACACCUUUAUGUACGUGAAGUUUAAAUGAAAUAAAAUGUACCAUCAGUCUAUAUACAACACUUUCAAACGUUUGAAUGCUAUAAAAUGUACCAUCAGUAUAUAUACAACACUUUCAAACGUUUGAAUGCUAUAAAAUGUACCAUCAGUAUAUAUACACAACACUUUCAAACGUUUUAAUGCUAUAAAAUGUACCAUCAGUAUAUAUACAACACUUUCAAACGUUUGAAUGCUAUAAAAUGUACCAUCAGUAUAUAUACACAACACUUUCAAACGUUUUAAUGCUAUAAAAUGUACCAUCAGUAUAUAUACAACACUUUCAAACGUUUGAAUGCUAUAAAAUGUACCAUCAGUAUAUAUACAACACUUUCAAACGUUUGAAUGCUAUAAAAUGUACCAUCAGUAUAUAUACACAACACUUUCAAACGUUUUAAUGAAAUAAAAUGUACAAUCAGUAUAUAUACAACACUUUCGUUUUAAUGAAAUAAAAUGUUCAGGAAAGAAGUGGCAUGUACCCAUUGAAAAUAUAUCUGGAAAAAUAACAGUGCAACAUUUUUUCUCGUAAACAUUCUCUCAGAGGGUUUAGUCUUCUGCGCGUACCUUUACACCGAGCUUCGCUUUUCUCCCAAUCACGAUACAGUAACUUUACAAAUAAACAAAUGAACCAGCA